AUGGGUAAAAAUAUCAAUGAAUUCGACCUUCCUAAGAUAACAGACGAUGUUAACUUACAGGAUAUGGGUUAUCGUGAGUUACAAGAGGAGUAUGGGAGUGCCAAAGAUUCACUUAAUCCGGACAAAAAAAACGUGUUUGAUGAGAUCAUGAUGCAUGUUGAUAAUGAUAAUCCACGCAUCUUCUUUAUUGAUGGUACAUGUGGAACUGGAAAAACAUUUUUGUACAAUGCCUUGCUUGCUGAAAUUCGGUCGUGUGGACUUAUUGCUCUCGCAACAGCUUCAUCAGGUGUUGCGGCUAAUAAUAUGCCAGGAUGUAGAACGGCUCACUCGAGAUUCAAGAUUCCUAUUAAUCUUGAAAAUAAUUCAAUGUGCAAUAUCAAAACACAGGGUGGGCCGCUAAACUAA